UAAUGCAUGAUCAUAGUUUACAGAACAUCGACUAGAUGAACAAGACAAGUCGAACGUCCAGAAUCAUGAUGAAAAAGCUGAUACCCCUAUUCUACAUAAUCCUGUCGAUAACGUGCACGGUUUUGCAUCAACCUGUACCCAUUCUUUAUGGAAUAGACUACCACCAUACUCCCAAUUACAACUUUGCCUAUGAAGUUAAUGAUGCACAUACAGGAGACGUGAAAAAUCAGCAUGAAUUACGUCGAGGGGAUACUGUAAUUGGCCAAUAUUCUCUACUACAACCUGAUGGAAUCAGAAGAACAGUUGAUUACAGAGCUGAUGAUCAUACAGGAUUCCAAGCAACAGUCAACAAUAAUGGAAGACCAAUUAAUCAACCACGACCAGAAAUAAACGAUAACGCAUUUCAAAACGAUUUUGGAACUCACAAUAUUCGACCCUGGCCAUCACCAACUGUCGCCAGUGUUACUCAAGCACCAGUAGCUAUAUCUAGAACAUCUUUAGUUCAAUCUUUUCCUAAUAUCCAUAUUGCAAAUCCUUGGAUUUAAAAAUGAUUCAACCUACAUAGACAUUUAAUAUAAGGCAACGAAAAUGGACACCGAGAUUUAAAAUGUAUUAUAUUACAUCUUAUGUAUUUGGAUAGUCGUAUCUUGCUGACGUAGAGUACAUUGCCGUUGCAAUAUCAACAGCUUGACAAAGCUCUUGCUAGUAACAGCAAACGUGGAUCGAAACGUCGGUAAAUACGUCUGCAGGGAACAUUCUAUUGCUAUGAAUAACUGUAGCUGAUAUCACAUAAUAAGACAUAAUUGGUGACCGGAGUAGUUAACCUUGCAUACUGUUAGGUCUUGCUGCGGCCAUAUAUUUAGUAAUAUUCACAAUGAAACCAGUUCUAUGACUAAAAGUUAUAUAAUAUUUUACUUCAUGUGCAUAAAUUUGUAUAUAAUAUAAAUAAAUAUACAUACAA